CCGAAAUCACAUGACACAUUGCUUGUAAACAAAUACAAAUGUGUUCAAUAAAUACGCCUGUCGUUUUGCUCCUUGUUGUGGCAUUAUCUUCUCAGACAUGCCUUGGCGUGAAAUAUGAACCAAACUGGAAAUCCGUAGACUCCCGUCCUCUACCGGCCUGGUACGAUGAUGCUAAAAUCGGCAUGUUUAUCAACUGGGGAGUUUACUCGGUACCCAGUUACUACAGCGAAUGGUUUUGGUACUGGUGGAAGACCGCUAAACCAAAUCAAGGCAUUGUCAAGUUCAUGGAACAGUAUUAUCCACCGACCUUCACCUAUGCCGACUUUGCAGCGGAGUUCAAGGCAGAAUUUUACGACCCACUUAAAUGGGUCGAUAUCAUCGAAAAAUCUGGUGUUAAGUAUGUUGUUUUGAGUACCAAACAUCACGAAGGGUUCACCAUGUAUCCAUCCAAGUACUCCUUUAACUGGAAUUCUGUGGAUGUAGGUCCCAAAAAGGACCUCAUAAAAUACAUAUAUGCCCUGUUGGCCGGUAGUGACGUUCACUUUGGGAUCUAUCACUCGCUGUUUGAGUGGUUUAAUCCUCUGUAUCUUCAAGACAAAGCCAACAAUUACACAACACAGAGAUUUGUCAAGGAGAAGGGUAUGGCCGAGCUAUACGAGAUCGUGGACAUGUACCGACCGGACGUGAUCUGGUCGGACGGAGACUGGGAAGCCCUCAGCUCCUACUGGAACGCCACCAACUUCCUGGCCUGGCUCUACAACGACAGCCCUGUGAAGGACUCCGUGGUUGUCAAUGACAGAUGGGGCUCUGAUGCCACUUGUAAACACGGGGGGUUUCUGACUUGCCAGGACAAAUUCAAUCCCGGCAAGUUACAAAAGAGAAAGUGGGAAAAUGCCAUGACUUUGGAUCGCAAAUCGUGGGGGUUCAGACGCGAUGCUAGCUUUGACGAUUUUCUUUCAAUGGAAGAACUGCUGGAAACUUUGCUCAAGACAAUCAGCUAUGGAGGAAAUAUUCUUAUAAAUGUCGGUCCAACUGCUUAUGGAACAUUUUCCCCAAUCUACGAAGAAAGAUUCCGCCAGCUUGGGUCCUGGUUGAAGGUGAAUGGAGAGGGUAUCUACGCCACUCAGCCCUGGGUCCAUCAGAACGACACAGUCACACCCAAAGUUUGGUACACAACUCCAAAAGCGGACAAGAAAGCAGCCUACGCCUACUUCGUAGACUGGCCCGACAACAACGAAUUAGUUCUUGGGGCCGUCAGUGGAAGCUCCAUGUCUGGUGUCGCCUUGGUGGGAAGCAAUAAGACCUUGACCUGGGAAACUAGUGGCACUGGCAUCAAGGUCACGAUCCCACCCCACAAUAUCAAGGAAAUGCCUUGCUUGUGGGCAUGGGCUGUGAAGCUAACAUUUAAAUAGACGUAAUGGAUGGAAGUGGUGCAAUAGACAUGGACAUGAGAAGAUCUUGAAUUGUUACUUCUUUUCUCUAUGAAAUAUUUUUAAUACUCACUCUGAAAUCCGCUUAGUCCCAUAUUUCCAAACUUCUAAUGUAGCCAUUCAAUUUUCCAUUUAUAUAUAGCAAAAGCCAAUAUUUGGCCAUUCCCCACCGCAUCUGGCGAAAUGUAAGAAUCAGAUUUGUGAAAUAAGAGGAGUUUUUCUUUAUAGAUGUUUAGACUGAUGUUGAGAUGACACUUACAAAACAAUUUUCUGAAUUCAAUUUCUCAAGGUCUUCUCUCUAAUAAUGUAAAGCUACACAAUAUUUGUCUCUACUUCUCUCCAUUGAAAUGGUCAUUCAUUAUAUUUUCACACGUAUAUUCUGAAAAAUUCUUAUUUUCAAAAUUGUUGACAAGAUAACCAUAAAGUAAUUCCUUAUUUUGCCAUAUUACGUGAUGAUUUUAUGUGACAUGAAUCUUGAGCUAUAUGAUAUUGCUGAAAAUUUGAACGUUUUUUAUCAAGAGAAUUUCAAAUUCGUCCAAAAGAAGCUACACACGGCGACAGUCCGGAAUUUGCGUUGGCGCAAAAAACAACUGUUCAAGCUAGACCGUUCUUAUAGCUGAUGGUUCCUAUUUUUGUACAUUCCAAUAAAUGUUUGAUGAAAUUAAUGACAUUUUGUUACGUACGUAUACGUCUGACCUCUUUAUUUUUUUUUAUUUUAUUUUUUUAUUUGGGUUUAUUUCUCGGUUUCUCGUCUGCUUGUUUUUAUUUAGUUCCACUAGUCUUCUACUACCUAAUAUUUACAUUUCCAGUGCCUUUGUCUGUGAUAAAACUACAAAUCGAUUUAGUAUUGUAUAAUCCACAUUUCAUCAAUGAUUUUUUGAGCAUCUAAUCGUACAAUUACUGAAAAUUAUAUAAAUAUAAGUAAUAAGGAAUUAUGAGGUGAUCAAAUACGGUCAGGGAGGGAUUAAAUGUAUCAUAAAACCCUUCCGGUUUUAUUGGAUUUGAUCACCCCAGCCGUAUUUGAUAAUAUCAUAAUACUAGAAAAAUGAUUUCAUUUUCCUUUAAUUAAUUCCAAGUAAGUAUAAGAUAAAAAUUUGUGCGAUAAAUAGAUCGUACAUUCCAAAAUUUAUAGUUUUGAUCAUCCUCGUAUUCAAGGAAUAUACUGUGUUCUGUUGAGCAGUAGAGAACCAUCACCAGACACGAAGAGUUGGUCUUGGUUCUGUAGGUCUUAAAAAGACUGACUCUUGGGUUAUGGCGAUUCGUAGUAUACAGGUGCAUUUAUUGUGAAAACUGCUAACUUAAGCAUUGAAUCAAAGGAUAUCAACUUUUUUAAAUUAUAGAUUUUCAGACAAAUAGUUGCUGCUAGAAAUGUGAUAUCAAAUUAUCAAUGACAAUGACAAUGACAAUCAGUAACACCGGCUGAAAUGUAUUUUUGUGAAUUUAAAAUACCAAACCGUUCUUAAAACAUUGUGGCCCGUACUUUUCUGUUAAGAAAAUCAAAAUUGUUCCAUUGUUAUGUGAUUAGUAUUUAAUUGUUUUUCCUCGUUUUGUACUUUUUGUACUCGUUUUGUGAAAUGCAACACUAAAUAAAUGUCGAAUAAAAUUGGUGUCCAUG